UAAUUUGCCAGAAAUGAUUGAUACUGAAAAGCAAAAAGUAGGAGAGGGUGCCCUUGAUGAACCAGAAUGGAUGGAGAACUGGAGGAGCAUAUCUGCAUACCAAAAACCAAUCGAAGGGACUAACAUCAUCCCCUGUAAGGUCCCUCUAGACUCAAAAUAUGCUUCGUUCUGUGAAAAGAAUGAUAAUUUCUAUAACCUUGAUGGAUUGAUCAGCAUGCUUGAGAAUGAAGGCAAGGCUAUCAAGAUGAUUCUUGAUAUUAAUACCAGCACCUAUUAUUAUAACUCGAAGUUAUUCCUCAAGGAAAACAAGAAAAUUCUUUUCGAGGAUAAUUUAAAGGAUGUAUCAGAGAUGAGUGAAAGCAACUAUUCAUGGGAGAACUCUGAAUUUGAAGACUUAACAUCUGCACUGACAGAAGAUAUUACUUAUGUCAAAGCACCUUUGGUCACUAAGGAACUCUCUGAAGAGAGUUUCGAAGGUCUAAUGCCUAUCUUUGAAGAAUUAGAUAAGUAUUUUCUUUGAUCAGAAGGCCAAAGUUCUGAACAUGGGAAUAAGAAUUUCCCUUUUUAUAUUAUAAUCCAUUGCUUUCACGGACUUAACCGCACAGGAUUUUUGAUAUCGUCCUAUCUAAUGUAUAAGCUUGGUCUUGAACCAAAGGAGGCAAUUCAGAUAUUCGAAAGAUCAAGGUCUCGCAGAUUAGAGCACUCUUUCAUGUACGACACUCUUGAGACAUUUGACUAAUCCUUACCCUAGAAAUUAUAAACACUUGUUUCA